AUGCGGGGUCCGGCAUUGGACCAACUUCUGACCCCAGAAGAGAGCCGGAGGUCCAGGAAGCUGAGGGUACAGGUGGACUGCGGCGAGCGAGACGUGCUGGCGACUCUGAGCCUGUUAUGUGUCAUUAUCUUGCAGGAGUGUUUCCGCACGAGCGCGAGUCUGAACCGGUUCGUCGCCGAGGUGCUCAAACGGUCGCACAGCAGCAACUCUGUUCUCCACGUGACCAUGUACUAUCUGCUGCAGGUGUACGCCCAGAGACAGCAACAACUAUAUUUAUACCCGGGCCCCAGCUCUGUGACCUGUCCCAAACGAUGUUUUCUGACCUGCUUGAUUUUGGCCUCAAAGUACCUGCAGGACCAGAACUACACGCUCACCACAUGGAGCAAGAUCACAGGGCUGAGUGUCGACGAGUUACAGACUAACGAGCGAAAGAUCCUGGAGCUGCUACGUUACAAGCUGCAUAUCAAGGAGAGCGAGUACAAGCGGCUCUGUGAGUUUACGCGCGGCUGCGAGAAGCGGCUCGCCGCGGACAAGACCAGAGCCGCCCCGUCCAGUCUGCUCACGCCUCCUUCCUCGCCCAGAGAGUGUCGAGACGACGAGUUUCUCGGCUGGCGCGCGACGCAGAGUCCGGACUCCACCCUCGGUGUUGAGACACGGACCGCCUUGGCGCGCGCCAUCGAGCGAUUUGUCGAGUUCCAUGCCACGGAGCACGGCGCCACGGGCCACGAGAUCGCGCUUACUUAA